AGUGCAAAAAAAAGUAAACAUCGUUUUUGAGUUUGGCUUAUUUGGUAAAUUUUGUGCUCCAAAUAAGUAGCAUUAUUACAAAUACUAUAUAUCCUGAGCAUAAUAUACGUUUAGAUGCACGAUGAACUUGAUUGAACAGUUCAAAAAUACAACACUCAGCCUUCCGAAGCUUCCUGUUCAUUAUGUUGAUACAAUUCGUUCCGAGAAUGGGCAAGUGACACAGGAACAUAUGCAAUGCAACUCGAAGCAACCUUUCGGAACGGGAUCGGUAUACAAAACUGGGAUUGUUAGCUACAAAGUUCUGGCUGAAGGAGAAGGCGUCAAAACGGUUUACGAAAUGUCUAUAAAGGAACCGCCGAACAUGGAGGAGUAUUUUCCGGGUGAUACAAUUGGAAUACUCACACAGAACUUAGCUUCCGACGUUGACUUUGUUUUAGAGCGUUUACAUUUUGUAGAAAUUGCCGAUUGUGUAUACGAAGUCAAAUUAGCAAAACCAGUUAAAAAGAAAAAUCCCGAAAUUCCUUUUUAUAUACCAAAAUACAUUACCCCACGGCGAUUGCUUACGGAUUGUCUAGACUUCAGAAUUGUACCCCGAAAGCUAUUCCUACAAGUAUUGGCCAGUUAUACGUCAGAUCCGUGUGAAAAACGUCUCCUGGAGAUCUUAGCCUCUAGGGAAGGUGCAAAUUUUUACAAUGAGUUUAUUUUAAAAAACGAGAUGAGUUUUAUUCAUCUGCUGAAAAUAUUGUCAUCAUGUAGGCCGUCUUUGGCCAUGUUGAUUGAACAUUUUCCGCGACUUUUAGCACGGCCAUACUCGAUCGCUAAUUACAACCGUGGCGGCGGACAAAUUCGUAUCGUUUUCGCAAUGCUUAAUGAUGGAAAGGUUGGCAUUACAACCACUAUGUUUGAAAAUAAGUUAUUGUAUGCUGGAAAGUAUGAUAAAUAUUUGUACAUAUAUCUUCGACAAACGAAGCCGAGCUUCCAGUAUCGGGAAGAGGAUCUCGAGAAGAAUAUCAUCAUGAUUGGGCCAGGGACAGGAGUGUCACCGUACUUGAGUUUUUUGGAAUUUCGCAAACGAGCCAAACAGCUUAACAAAAAGAUAAAAUUCGGUUCUGCAUUGCUCCUCACGAGUUGUAGACAUCGUGAUCGGAAUUAUUUAUUUCAAGAUGAGUUGCAACAAUAUGUUCAGCUAGGACUGCUAGACAACGUUUACGAAGCGUUUUCGAGGGAUCCAGACAGCAGAUACAAAUUCGUUCAGGACAUUAUUGAGGACCAGAAAGAACCGUUCAUCAAAAUGCUACUAGAAGAUAACACCAAGUUGUAUUUAUGUGGUGAAGGUAGGACCAUGCUUCCCAGAAUACAGGACAUGAUAUCUACCUGUUUGAGUAAGAUACAAUGCAUACCUAAAGUUGAGGCAGAUUCUCUCAUGACUGAGUACAGGAAAAUUGGAAAAUAUAUGUAUUUCUCGAUGAUUCGAUACUAAUCUCAUAAUAAAAGUUUCUGUUUCGAAAUUGAAACAAUUUCCUGGCCUAAACUGAAGUCAGUUUUUCAAAA